UUCCCCAUUUCUAAAUUCUAAAGCACGUCUGCCUCAAGGAGGACAACCACUAUCUCAUCUGCUACUUUGGGAUCCUCCGUUCCCCCUCCUCCGAUCCCUUUAACCCUUCUCGUUUCCCCGCAGGGGUAGGGUUACGCCGCUCGGAUCUGGAUUCUCGACGGAGGAUCCCAACCAUCUCGAUCUGAUCGAUCCGCUGCUCGUCCAUGGGCAUCCUCUUCACCCGCUUGUUCUCGUCCCUCUUCGGCAAUCGGGAGGCUCGGAUCCUCGUACUCGGCCUCGACAAUGCCGGGAAGACCACCAUCCUCUAUCGGCUUCAGAUGGGGGAGGUGGUCUCGACCAUCCCAACGAUCGGGUUCAACGUGGAAACCGUGCAGUACAACAAUGUUAAGUUUCAAGUAUGGGAUCUUGGUGGGCAGACAAGCAUUAGGCGGGCGGUUGAUAUGAAAAAGCGGAAGCGGGAAUAUUUUCUACAUGUUAGGUGCGCCACCGCCUCUCUGCGCCCUGUCACGGUUGAGACAGGUGCACCGCGUCCUUCUCCCCUCGCCCCUCAAUAGUUCGACGCCUAAUAGGUCCUCAUUCACAGUCUCCCUCGCCACGCUCCACCAAAAGUGGAGUCCAUGGCCUCAGUAACCGCCGCAAAAACCCUCUACCUCUUCACAGCCACCUCCUCUGCCUGCCGCCAACCUCAACUCCCCCCUCUCCUCUGCCUCGGUUUCUUU